AUGCUCCGCCCCAUCACCGUCGGCCAGGUCAUUCCCCGCCGCCUCCUCUCGACAACCGCAUCCAGAAUGGCCUCCGCAUCAAGUACCCCGAUGGAAGAUCUCAUGCGGGAAAAGAUAACAAACGCAUUCAAUCCCUCCACCCUGAUUAUCCGCAACGACUCGCAUCUUCACUCGCACCAUGCGCCGAUGCGUGGAUCAACGUCGAAGGAAACACAUUUCCAUGUGACGAUUACGUCGCCGUCCUUCCAGUCGAAGAUGCAGCCUGCGAGGCAUCGAAUGGUAUAUGCUUUGUUGAAGGAAGAGAUGAGCCAGGAGGGUGGAAUCCAUGCGCUGCAGCUGAAGACGAAGACACCGGAGGAGGAGCAGAGGGAAAAGGAGAGGCAGACACAAGCUUGA